AUGCUCAUGGACGGUGUGGUAAUGAGAGAUCCAAACAUCACGUAUUCCAGAGGCUUGGGGUUUGUCGCUGACUCUACUGUGGUGGACGGGGAUGCAGCCAGGAAUGCAAGCCCACAAAGGUGGAUGGAGACUUGUGGAACUAAAGAGGAUUCACAAGAAGGCUCUCAGAGACCAGCAUUUAUUGACCUGUGGUUUCAACUUGAUCCCAUAAAGAAUACACUGUUUGGCCACUGUCCCAGCUGCCACCCAGACUCCGAGUUCACCCCAAGCCCCAGCGAAGACAUCUUUGCCCAGGAAAUCUUGGACUCCAGGGGCAACCCCACUGUUGAGGUGGACCUGUAUACAGCCAAGGGCCGCUUCCGAGCAGCUGUGCCCAGCGGAGCUUCCACUGGGAUCUACGAAGCGCUGGAACUGAGAGAUGGAGACAAAUCGCGCUACCUGGGGAAAGGAGUCCUGAAAGCUGUAGAAUACAUCAACAAGACAUUAGGCCCUGCUCUGCUGGAAAAGAAACUAAGUGUUGUCGAUCAAGAAAAAGUGGACAAAUUUAUGAUUGAGCUGGAUGGGACCGAGAAUAAGUCCAAGUUUGGGGCCAAUGCCAUCCUGAGCUUGUCGCUGGCCGUGUGCAAAGCGGGAGCAGCCGAGAAGGGGGUUCCGCUCUACCGCCACAUCGCAAACCUGGCUGGGAACCCAGAUCUCGUUCUCCCAGUGCCUGCUUUCAAUGUCAUCAAUGGGGGUUCCCACGCGGGAAACAAGCUGGCCAUGCAGGAGUUCAUGAUCCUGCCCGUGGGAGCCAGCUCCUUCAAGGAAGCCAUGCGCAUUGGUGCGGAGGUCUACCAUCACCUCAAGGGGGUCAUCAAGUCCAAGUAUGGGAAGGAUGCCACCAAUGUGGGCGACGAAGGCGGCUUUGCACCCAACAUCCUGGAGAACAACGAGGCCCUGGAGCUGCUGAAGACGGCCAUCCAGGCGGCUGGCAACCCAGACAAGGUCGUGAUUGGCAUGGAUGUGGCAGCCUCUGAGUUCUAUCACAACAGGAAAUACAACCUGGACUUCAAUUCGCCCGGUGACCCCGCACGGCCCAUUACUGGGGAGAAACUGGGGGAGCUGUACAAGAGCUUCAUCAAGUACUAUCCUGUUGUCUCCAUCGAAGACCCCUUUGAUCAGGAUGACUGGGCCACCUGGACCUCCUUCCUCAAGGGGGUCAACAUCCAGAUUGUGGGAGAUGACCUCACCGUCACCAGCCCCAAGAGGACUGCCCAGGCCGUUGAGAAGAAGGCCUGUAACUGCCUGCUGCUGAAGGUCAACCAAAUCGGCUCUGUGACGGAGUCCAUUCAGGCUUGCAAACUAGCUCAGUCUAAUGGCUGGGGGGUGAUGGUGAGCCACCUCUCCGGGGAGACUGAGGACACAUUCAUCGCUGGCCUGGUGGUGGGACUUUGCACUGGACAGAUCAAGACUGGUGCCCCCUGACGCUCAGAGCACCUGGCCAAGUACAACCAGCUCUUGAGGAUCGAGGAGGCUCUUGGGGACCAGGCUGUCUUUGCUGGACACAAGUUCCUUAACCCGAAGGCCAAGUGAGAAGCUGGAGACCCAAGGCGCCCCCCGCCCCAGGACAGAUGCAGGCCUUGGAGCCUCCUCCCCGAAAUAAACACUGAUGCCCAC